GAGGGGUGUUGCACAGGUGGGCUUUUCAGAGGGACAGGCCAGAGGAGGAGCAGAGAUACUCGUCAACCUGGGAAAGACCAGUCCAAGAGUAAGAGACCAUUGGGAGAGACCGCUCCAGGGGAAGAGAGAACGGCCUGGAGCACCUGAGAGAGACUGUACUGGAGGACCGCUUCGGAGAGGCAGGUGACGCGGAAGAAAACCGCUGCGCUCUGUUUUUGAUGAGAGUCAUCCAAGCUUGGUCCAGCAGAGAAGACCCUGGGUGGGUUCACCUGAAACAGAGACAGAGGGGGAGUGUACCUGCCCCAGUAAGAGUUCCCACAGCAGUCCAGAGGGUGUACCAGGUGCCGGCUGAGAAGGAUGUCGUGCCAGGCGUUCAGUACCGACGCCUUCACCACGCUGGUGGGAGACUCCGGCCUGCCACUGCUCAUGCAUCACGCCUCCGCCGGUGACUGCUCGCCGGCCACGUCCCACACCCACAACAUGGUCUCCACAGGGCCUUCUGGUCUGUCUCUGGUCCAGUCCUCAAAGCACUCUCACAUGCAUCUCGCCACCUCCGCCCUCGGAAACGCCCUCAGCAGCGCCCCCCCAGGCCUGCACUACCCCAUGACCCCCUGUCACUAUGGCAACCAGCAGACCACCUACGGCAUGAUGGCAGCUCAGGAGAUGCUGUCUGCCAGUAUUUCCCAAACCCGUAUCCUGCAGACUUGCAGCGUCCCGCACCCCAACAUGGUCAACGGAGCAAACACACUGCAAGGUUCCCUGACUCCCUGCCUCUACAAGUUUCCAGACCACAGCCUUGGGGGGGGCUCGUGUGCCCUGAGCCACAAUUUCUCCUCGCUUCCCCCCUCCCUGCUCUCGGAAGAACUGUCCAUGGGGGAGAUGAAGCCAGACCCCCGUCGGAGGAACAGGCCCCCCGAGGACCCCCCCGACAUGGACUCUCCCCAGAUACGAGAACUGGAGAGGUUCGCCAAUGACUUCAAGCUGCGCCGAAUCAAAUUAGGGUACACCCAAACUAACGUAGGUGAGGCUCUGGCUGCCGUGCACGGCUCAGAGUUCAGUCAGACGACCAUCUGUCGCUUUGAGAACCUGCAGCUGAGCUUCAAGAACGCCUGCAAGCUGAAGGUCAUUCUGGCUAAGUGGCUGGACGAGGCGGAGCAGGCAGGGGCCCUCUUUAAUGAGAAAAUGGGCAUGAACGAACGCAAGAGAAAAAGAAGAACCACCAUCAGUCUGGGGGCGAAGGAGGCAUUGGAAAGGAGUUUCGGGGAGAAGAGCAAACCUUCCUCCCAGGAGAUCGUUCGCAUCGCCGAGGGGCUCCACCUGGAGAAGGAGGUGGUGCGAGUGUGGUUCUGUAAUCGUCGGCAACGGGAGAAGCGUGUGAAGACCAGUCUUCACCACAGCUCCUAUCUGACAAAAGAGAGCGCCACCUGCAGGUAGACAUAUGCCAUCCUGACUGGUGGCUCAUCCAGGAAUGAUGAAAUACUGCUGUAUACUGUAUCUGUGAUGUGACAUGAUCAGACACAAGCUAGGCUGGGAACAUUCACUUCAUGCCAAUACCUUGUGGUGCUUGUCUAACACUGAAUGAACUAGAAGUGCCAAGAAUAAAAAAAAAAAGUGUUCUACAUCUUGUAAUACAGAUGUAUUACAGAAAUUACAGAUUGUAAUUUAUCGCAAGGGCUCAUUAUUUAUUUGAUGUAUUAUGAAAAUCUUUUUAUGAGACUUAAUAUACGAUGUGGCUGUAUUAUAAACCUACUAUGAAAUGUUCAUAAUCCCUGUACGGUAUGCAUAUUUUGUUAUAAAUGUCUGUUGUGGUGUAAUUUGGGGAUAAAGUAGUGCAUGUGAACAGGAGUCUGAGACUUGGGAUGACCUGAUUUGCUUGCUGGAUAUGACUGUCGUCUUUCUUGUUCAAAUACAGAUCUGCAUUAUACUGACCCACAAAUAGGCACUCACCGUAUUACAAUGUACGAUUCAAUAUUCAUAAGAAAAUAGUGACAUUACAACACAUCACAUUUUCAUCUGAGGUACGAUCAAUGGAACUAACAAAUUGACGACUGACCUGCGAAAAUAUUGUGUUUUUUUGUAGAUGUCAUAUUUUCACGUCAAGGAUAGCAAUGAAACCACAAAGAGAGAUCUCUGUGAGGAGACAGAUUUAAAGAAAUCCAAAUCCAUGUACCGGUAAUCCCUGCUUUUUUGUGGUGGGAUGGUUCAAACUGUCAUGUUAACAGAUGGCUUUAUGUGUUUCUAUGA